GCACGGUGUUACUAUGGUAACGGCUAUAAACACGACUCAGCGCGUUGUGAGUGACACAGAAAACAUGUGCAGGUCUCCAAGCUGAAGUAAACCCUCUGUUAAUUCAUUAAUUAACGUAAGCUAGCGUGGGGAUGAUAUGAUUGUGAACGAACUGAUUCAUUUAAACGUCGAAUCGUUCCGUUUUUACGCCGUGAAAAGUUGAUCAACAAGGUAACGUAACCAAGACAGAAGAAGAAUGUCAGACUCUGAUGAACGUGAGGCGCUAAGAGCAGAGACUGAGGAAGAGGAUGAUACUGAAAGAAAAGAGAAGGAGAUUUCAGGACAGGAGGAUCAGCUAAAGCCCUGUCCACUAACCCAGGACAUGAUGGUGAAAAGCUUGUCCUUAUUGUGUCGCACCGGGAAUGGUCUCUCUCAUGCAUAUGUCAGACUUGACCUUAAAAGCAAGGGUCUGACAGACCUGGCCCUGCUCAGCUCCUUCAUCCAUCUGCGCUACUUGGACAUCUCCUCCAAUCAUUUGUCAGACUUCUCUCCAUUGGCUGAUCUCACCCAGCUGCUGUGGGUGAAAGGAGACGCCAACCUGCUUCAGAGGUUUGAGGGUCAGCCGUUUGGCAAGCUCACUUACCUGCAGUGGCUCAGCUUUGCCAGCAACCGCCUAUUUGAUGUUAAAGGUCUUGGAGGUCCUGCACUGGAAACCCUCAACCUCACUGGUAAUGGUAUCCAGAGUAUGCAGGGCCUGGAAUAUCACAAUCUGACCAAUUUGAUGAUUCUCGAGCUAAGAGGAAAUUGUUUGGAAACUACAGAUGGCAUUUACCUCCCCAAUUUACGCCAUUUGUAUCUGGCUCAGAACAACAUAAAGCGAUUGGAGGGUUUGGAGAAGCUCCAGCGUCUCAACACUCUUCACCUCAGAGAUAACCAGUUGGAAACACUAGAGGGACUUAGUCCCAACAUGAAAUGUCUCCAAUAUCUUAAUGUCAGGGGGAACCUUAUAUCUUCUAUGAGGGCUUUGCGAACUCUAGUGAAUGUGGGGCAAACACUGAAGGCCCUUGUGCUCUCGGACAACCCUUUAGCAAAGACUGACGAUUACAGGCUGUAUGUGAUCUCACAUCUCUCCCAGCUGGAGAGACUGGACAAGGAUCCCAUCACGGCUGGAGAGAAGUCUGAGGCCCAGGAGAAGGAUUUUGAAGAUGAAUAUGCUGAAGAUCAAGAGGAUAACUGAACAGGCUUUGCUACAUUGAAUAUACUUGUAAAUAUAGUUUUAUAUUCAAUAAAGUCUACAAUCA